AUGGACGAAAGUCGGUUCAGCAUUGAAAAGCUGUGGAGCGGAGGAUAUAAGUCCUGGAGGUUCAAGACCGAGAUGCUCCUGAUUCGAGAGAACCUUUGGAAGUUCGUGAGCGGCGUUGCACCGGAACCUGCUACGCGACCUGCGAGGCAGAAGCAGAUGAUGUCCUCGAAAGUUUCAAUCCUGAAGAAGAUCUGCCGUUUGGAGUUCAAGGAAAAUGACAGCAUGGAAAAUCUUUUCCACAUGGACGAGUUGUUCCUAUGUUUGGAAAACGCCGGGCAAGCCAUGGACGAGAAAAUUAAGGUUUCCAUGGUGAUGCAAAACAUGCCCGACUCCUACGACGCGCUCAUUACCGCACUUGAAAGCAGAUCUGACGACGAGCUGACGAUGUAUUUGGUCGAACGAAAAUUACUCGACGAGGCACAGAAGCGGUUAGAGAAGGUACGUCCCAGUGAAGCACUUCUCAGAACGGGCCGGAACGAAACCGGAAGAAAGGCGGGCUGUAACUCCUGUGGGAAGCCAGGUCAUUUCAAGCGGAAUUGCCCCGAAUCACCUGCCCUGAGAGAGCGCCCUAGAAGAGGGACGAAAAUGCAAUCGAAGCCGAAAGGGAAGACGGCCAACGUGAGUAAAGCAAAUCCAUUCGCAUUUACCUACUGCACGCAACGCAACCGAACAGAAGCGUUCCUGGAUAGUAGAUUCGGGUGCCACAUCUCACAUGUGCUCGAAUCGAAAGUUUUUCACCGAAUUGCAAAGCUGUACAAGUUUGACGAUCACAUUGGCCGGUAUGGUAGCGAGACGUCCGUGAAGGGUAUCGGAACCGGUCAUCUGCUAGCAUACGACGAAGCUGGAGCGAUUCAAGAAAUGGUCCUGUCCGAUGUGUUUUACGUCGAAGAUUUGGAAUCAAACCUAAUUUUAGUCGGAAAACUCAUCACGAAAGGGGCGGAAGUCAUUUUCACGAAGCAACGAGGCUGCGUUAUCCGAAGCGGUGGCCGUGUAGCAGCUGUAGCAGACAAGAUUGGCGCCAGUUCCAGCCAAGGCCAAGCCGACAUCCAGCUGGCAAUCCUACGGUUGCUCGAACGUCUGACAAACCAGCAGCAGCCUCAGCAACAGAAUCCGGAACAAAUCCUGGAAUCCCUUUCGUCAAACAUUUCCGAAUUCGUUUACGAUCAGGAAAACGGAUUGACGUUCCAGCGGUGGUUUUCCCGGUAUCAAGAUCUGUUCGAGAACGACGCACGGCAGUUGGACGAUGCAGCGAAGGUCCGAUUGCUGCUCCGCAAGUUGGAUACUCUAUCCCACAGCCGCUAUCUCAACUAUAUUCUGCCUGCACUUCCCAAGGACAUCGAUUUCCGAGAAACGGUAUCAACCUUGAAGAAAAUUUUCGGCAGUCAGGUUUCCAAGUUCCGAAAGCGUUUCCAGUGUCUCCAGAUUGUCAAAAACGAUAUGGAUGACAUCAUCGAUUACGGCGGAAAGGUGAACCGUGCAUGCGAGGAUUUCGAGUUCCAGAACCUCACUCUGGACCACUUCAAGUGUUUGGUAUUCGUCAGCGGUCUGAAAUCGGCGAAACACGCUGAUAUACGAGCCAGGUUGCUGACCAAAAUGGAGAAUGAAACAAACGAAGCCCCAGCCACUCUUCAGUCGCUUAUUGACGAGUUUCAACGCCUCGCCAAUCUGAAGGAAGAUACGUCGAUGAUUGAACAUCAAUCAAGCUUCAAAUCAUCCGUUCACGCCGUCAGAAACACGAAAAGUGCAACGAGUGCAUCGCAGCAAAAUUCUCUGAAGCUUCCCAAGUCACCGUGCUGGCAGUGCGGUCAAAUGCACUUUGUGAAAGUGUGCCCAUUCAACAACCAUCUUUGCCAGAAUUGUAACCGCACCGGCCACAAGGAAGGUUACCGUUCUUGUAAUCACAAAAGCACCGCCAACAUCACAAGCACAGUCCAACACAACGAUGGCAAGAAGCGUUCCAGAAGGAAGAAGCGUUCCAGCGCCGAAACCAGAGGGGUGUUCAUCAUCAACCAAGUUGAACAUCGUGCAAGCCGCAGGAAAUUUGCUUCAGUUCUUGUCAACGGACAGCCAGUGUCACUCCAGAUUGAUUCUGCCAGUGAUAUUUCCAUCAUUUCCUCAAAAGUGUGGGAACAAAUCGGCAAGCCUACCAUGAAGCCUUCUUCGAGUCAAGCCACAAAUGCAUCUCGUCAACCGCUAACCCUCCUUGGCGAAUUCAACUGCGAGGUAACAAUCAACGGCCAAACCCAGCAAGCAAGGUGUUUCGUGACAUCGGUUUCCGGUUUGAACCUGAUCGGCAUUGAAUGGCUAGACCUUUUCGAUCUAUGGUCUAUUCCGUUUAAAUCGAUCUGCAAUCAAAUCGCAAUAUUUUCACCGGAAAGAAUCGACAAGGAAAUCAAACAGAUGAUGGUCCAGCACAAGCAACUGUUCAGCGGCACCCUUGGUCAUUUCAAUCGCUCUAAAGUUCAUCUUUACCUGAAACCAAACCCCAAACCGGUAUUCUGUCCUCGACGUCCAGUUCCAUUCAAUUCAAUUCCACUAGUCGACACCGAACUAACCCGUCUCCAGAAUCUGGGAAUCAUCUCACCCAUAGAAUUCUCGGAGUGGGCAGCGCCGAUUGUAGUAGUGAAGAAACCGGACGGCAGAGUACGAAUCUGUGCUGACUAUUCGACGGGACUCAACGACGCAUUAGAAGCCAACCAUUAUCCAUUGCCAGUACCAGAAGAAAUUUUUGCGCAGCUGGCCGGCAGUCAAGUCUUCAGUGUCAUAGAUCUAUCGGAUGCCUAUUUGCAGCUGGAAGUCACCGACGAGUCGAAAAAUCUCCUCACCAUCAACACUCAUCGAGGACUUUUUCGAUUCAACCGUCUCGCUCCGGGAGUCAAAUCCGCACCAGGGGCUUUUCAAUCAAUCAUCGACGGUUUAGUAGCUGACAUUCCUGGUGUGCGCCCUUUCAUCGACGAUGUUAUCAUCCACGGCAAGAGUUGGGAAGAGCAUUCAAAAUCCUUACAACUCUUACUUCGCAAAUUCGAGGACUGCGGCCACAUCGUUGAUACAAAGGGUAUCCGUCCCGAUCCGGCGAAGAUCAAGUCCAUCGCCAACAUUCCUGCGCCAAAGAACGUUUCCGAGCUCCGUUCGUUCCUUGGUGCUGUUAAUUAUUACGGCAAAUUUGUCAAGCAAAUCCACGACUUACGGCAUCCCAUGGACCAGCUGUUGCGCAAAGACGUGAAGUGGGAAUGGAAUUCCGAAUGUCAACAAUCAUUCGACAAAUUCAAGCAAAUUCUAAAUUCCAACCUGUUGCUGACACACUACGAUCCCAAGUUGCCUAUCGUCGUAGCAGCCGAUGCAUCAAAGACGGGAAUUGGUGCCGUAAUUUUUCACAAGUUUCCGAACGGUUCUUUAAAAGCGAUUCAGCAUGCAUCCCGAUCCCUCCCAACUGCAGAGCAAGCCUACGGUCAACCUGAGAAGGAAGCACUAGCGCUUGUGUAUGCUGUAACCAAAUUCCACAAGAUGCUUUUAGGAAGAAGGUUCACUCUUCAAACCGACCACAAACCUCUGUUGUCGAUUUUCGGUUCGAAGAAAGGCAUUCCUCUCCACACCGCCAACUGGUUGCAGCGAUGGGCGCUGAUAUUAUUGAACUACGACUUCGAAAUUCAAUACAUUUCUACGAACGAGUUUGGUUGUGCUGAUAUGUUGUCUCGACUCAUCGACAGCAGCAUCCGUCCGGAAGAGGAUUACGUCAUCGCAGCGAUAGCCUUGGAAGAAGACAUGGUAAGCAUCCUACAAACAAACAUUGAUGCAGUUCCAGUAUCGUUCAAAGCACUCCGUGACGCCUCAAGCAAAUGCAACACACUCAAACAGGUGAUCCGACACAUCAAUGAAGGUUGGCCAGCUUCAUCACAACUCGUCAGCGAGCCGGUCAAACCGUUCUUCCAACGUCGUGAAUCUCUAAGUGUGAUCAACGGAUGUGUGAUGUUCCAGGAAAGAGUGGUCGUUCCGCAUACUUACCGCAAACGAUUACUCAGCCAAUUUCAUCAAGGACAUCCUGGUGUGGUCCGAAUGAAAGCUGUAGCCCGCACCAAAGCUUCAACGAAGGUGAAAUUGGAAUCAUGGCCCAUUCCGGAGAAGCCCUGGUGUCGAAUCCAUAUCGACUAUGCAGGACCAGUUGACGGUGUCUACUUUUUCGUAGCUGUGGAUUCCAGUUCCAAGUGGCCAGAGGUGAUUGCAACCAAGUCGACAACGGCGAGCUCAACCAUCAAGCUUCUUAGGCAGAUGUUCGCUACAUUUGGAAUCCCUGAAACGAUUGUGAGCGACAACGGAACCCAAUUUACGAGUUUUGAGUUUCAAACAUUCUGCCAGCAGUCCGGCAUCGAGCACAUCCGGACGGCGCCAUUCCAUCCACAAUCAAAUGGGUUGGCAGAACGUUUUGUGGACUCUCUCAAGCGUAGCCUGAAGAAGAUUCGAUCGGGGGGAGAAACUCUCGAGGAUGCACUUCGAACGUUCCUGACUGUUUAUCGCUCGACACCAACUGAAGAUGGACAGUCACCAGCACAGAGGAUGAUGGGAAGACCGAUGCGAACCGUAUCAUCACUUCUACUUCCUCCGAAGCCAACUCGUGUGAGGCCCAGCUCCGUGAUGAACCGCCAAACUGAAACAUUCAACCGAAAACAUGGUGCCAUCUCCAAACAGUUCAAGCCCGGCGACACAGUUUACGCGCAUGUACAUCACAAGAACUCUUGGUCCUGGAAAGCCGGGGUGGUCAUCGAGCGGAUUGGCAAUGUGAAUUACAACGUUCAGCUUCAAGAAUCCCAACGUCUCAUUAGGUCCCAUGCCAAUCAGCUCCGCACACGCCCUUCCGAAGAGGUGGAAUCCAAAACCGAAUCUCCGUUAUCAAUUUUCCUGGAUGGUUUUGGUCUUCAAAUUUCACAGCCCCCACGACCUGUACCUCAAGCCGAUGAAUCAGUGCCGGAACCGGAAGAUGGUGCAGAACCCCACUUCAAUUCAUCCCUCCUAACAGACGAUGAAUCGCUCAAGUCGGAUGAAGGUGAAACCAAAGUUCCGGAAGAGGUUCCAGCACGACCAAAACGUCUCCUGCGGCUACCAUCCAAGCUCGAAGGGUACUGGAUGUUUUAG